CCGUCGGCGGCGGUUUAUUUCUCGGACAGUUCACUGCGUUCGGUGAAUCGAGGAGCUGGCGCGCGGUUGCGUUUCGUUUUCCAAACGCAGAUUACGCGAACACGACGGGUAAGCGCACGACAAAACGCGCGACUACCGACUACGUGCCAGUGGAAACGCGUCGCUCGCGAACUGAACAUCGCCUAUGACUUUCAAGCCGGCCUCACGCACGCGACUAGCACGUUUCGCACAAAUUCGCACAAUCGUGUGCGCCCGCAGCGCGGGGCGAGACGCAACCACUUUAGUUUUUGGUCUAUUGAUUAACAGGAAAAAACCCAGCGCGCACUCAAAAGUGAUACAUUUGGAAUACAUCGUAAAUCUACGUUGAACUUCGUCUUAAAUUUGUGCGCACUGCGUUCGUUAAAGUUCGUGAUAUAUCGUGAUACUGCGUAGUAUAUUGUGUGGAGCAGUGAUAUUUCUAUUCAAAUUCAAAUUUUUCAACUAUUUAUCACUAUGGAAAUGAGAUUUUGGGAGGAUAACUCUUUGCAACACGUUAAAUUUGAAAGUAAUUCCAAUGACAACAUUCCGCCGCGCACGCGCGAACCUUUCUAUUGCGAAGCGGCUAACCUGAAUUUUGCUACCGGUGACGACGACUGCAUCGACUACGCAUAUCGCAAGACUCCUGUUCGAGUGUCCCGCCAGGACCCGCUCUCGCAUCGCAUCAUUGAGAAGCGUCGACGCGAUCGUAUGAACAACUGCCUUGCCGACUUAUCUCGUCUUAUCCCCGCCGAGUAUCUCAAAAAAGGUCGUGGUCGCGUCGAGAAAACGGAAAUCAUAGAAAUGGCGAUCAAACACAUGAAAUACCUGCAGUAUAUGAAUCACUAUCGUCUGGGCUAUCAAGAAUGCAUGUCGGAGGCGAUGAGGUUCCUGGUCGAGGUUGAAGGGCGAUUUCCAAGGGAACCAAUUUGUGUGCGGCUAUUGGGCCAUCUGCAGACGCACUGUGAUAAUAUUUGCCGAGGAACUGCUGAUGCUCCGCCCACUGGAGUGACAUCUACCGGGCAAAUACAUGUUAACAUUGAUAAAAUGGAACCAAAAGUAGAGCCUAAUAACAAUUACGAUAGUGAACAUCAGCAGGAAAGCAUGAAUGCGACGAAUGGAUUUGAAAUGGUUGCUGAGGUAGAAGGGCGGAGUGAUAUGGACACGGAGGCGGAUGUAGACGUGGGGGUGGAGAAAAGAGGCGAGCAACAUCACGAACAUCACGCUGGGUACAAAUACAAAAAUGAUAUCAAGCAAAGAUUUACACAGGACAAUGCUAAGAAUCCCAAAGAUCGAAGAAAUAGUACACCGAUUAGUACUGAUAAUCAAACAUGUUCUAGUAUUGGUUCACCGACACCAGCCCACUUCAUAGACAGCACUCCUUCGUCACACGCCAUUUUGAAACCUUCCUCGCACCACCAUGAAAUGGAACCGAUGAUGACCACAUCCUGGACUUUAUCAACUGCCCCGCCCCCCAGCCAAAACUUGUCUUUAUUCUCCACCAAUGAAACUUCAGCAUUCAGUAGUCCAUUACACCGAAAACCAACAUCUCUACUAGAAGUUAAAAACUUGACCAAUGGCGUGAAUGGCACACACUCGCACUCGUCAACAAAUGGCAUGACCAACGGACACAGCAACACCGAAAAACUUGGCUUGCAAGUACCCGCGUUUGUUCUGCACACAAAAGGAUCCUUCUACAUACCGGUGACUCUAGAAUAUGAUGCACUGUCGCCGUAUCUCAACGGCCAUGACUUACUCAGCGCAAUGAAUCAAGAUGUGGUUCUGCAUCCGGUCGCCAUUAAUGUCAACUUUCAACAGCAGCCAUAUGUGGCAUUACAACAACCAAAGAAGUUUGAGAAGUUACCUGGUUAAUACACUGACACAAUUUUCAUUAUUCUAUUAACCGCAAAGAUUAUGUUAGGUUAAUUUUUGAUAUGUUUAUAAAAUGUUGAGCAAGGUUAGAUACUGUGAGGGGUUAGACGCGAGAACGUAACGAGACUGUGAUGUAUCCAUAAGACUGACACGACACCUGAUAUGAUGCGAUAUCAUUAAGUUAAUAAAGAGAAACUUAACCUAUAUUCAAAAAUAUAUAUCAAAAGUCUUGUACACGACAUACGCGCAACGUUGUAAAACUCAAUCGAAAGUUUUAUUUGAUAAAUAAAGAGAGAUUGUUAUGUUUA